AUGACAUUGAUUCAAAACCCCGAUGUUUUGCCAAAAAACAUUCCAGUCUGGCACUCUUGACUAUCUGAUUUUACAAUCUAAGCGAAAAUGUGGUAAUAAAUAAUAAUGCGUUGGCGUUUAUAUUUGGAACCGCGCGCGCGCCGGCUCUCGCGCCGACAGUGAGUGCCCGUUUCGACGCGCGAAUACGUCGAUCGACUCCCGCGCACCCUACGCCGUCGCCGCGGUGACGAAUUCUUCAUUACUAAAAUAGUGACGUGGUAGCCAGCAGCAUGGUGGCGGGUGACGUGACGAGGCGCGCGUCGCUCACGGCGCCGUCUAUGCACCGCCGGCCCUCGGUGCGUCGCGGCUCGAUCAUCAAAGGCUCUCAGUCUCAAUCCAAGGAGGUGCCGUGGGACAUAAUCGACCGGUGUGCGUUGCCGAUCGUGCUAUGCCACGCGUUAGCCGUGGUGCUCUCGACCGUGCUCAAUACUCUACACCUGAGCAGCAUCUCUGUGUUCACGUUAUUCCUCUGGUUCGCCAUCUCCGUCACCGGCUCCCUCUGGUUCUACCACAACCUGCAGGUGAGAGCAGCCGGCAAAGCGGUGUUGGUGACAGGCUGCGACAACGUCCUAGGCAACGCCGUGGCGAGAAGACUGGAUGACCUGGGCUACCACGUGUUCGCCGGCUUCCAGAGCAAGGCUGGGAAUAUCGACGCCGACAUGCUGAAGGAAGAUUGCUCCGGGCGGCUGCAUACUCUGCAGUUGGACAUCACUUCUGAGACCCAGAUCCUCUCCGCGUCGCUGUAUAUCGUGGACCACCUGCCAGAGGGCGCGCAGGGGUUGUGGGCCAUCGUAAACUGCGAGUCGUGGUGUGCGCUUGGCGAGCUCGAGUGGGUGCCGUUCUCAGUCAUCCGGCGCGCGAUGGAGGUGAAUCUGUUGGGUCCGUCCCGGCUGGUUCAGGUGAUGCUGCCGCUGGUGCGGCGCGCGCGCGGGCGGGUGGUGCUGGCGUCGUCGAUCCUGACGCACGUGGCGGCGCCGGUGCGCGGCGUGCACGCCGCCUCGCUCGCCGCGCUCGACGCGCUCGCCUCCUGCCUCCGCCGCGAGCUCAAGCCGCGCGGAGUGGACGUGGUGGUUGUGGCCGCCGGGGAAUAUACGACGGGCAGCGCCUGGCUGUCCGAGGAGAAGCUGCUGGAGCAAGCGCGGGACAUGUGGAAGCGGCUCAGCGACGAGCAGAAGGGCGCCUACGGCGAGGACUACUUCGAGACCGCGCUGCGUAGCCUGGAGAAAUACACCAAGAGCGCUGAUGCUGACUUGACGGCGGUGACCCGCGCGCUCAGCGACGGCGUGACGCGCACCUUCCCGCUGGCCCGCUACACCCCCGUGUCCCCGCGCGAGAAGCUCAAGUCCAUCCUGGCCGAGCACCUCCCGCGCUCCCUCUACGAAGGACUCUACACCGACUAAGCCAGUAUCACUGCUUUAGAUCUGCCUCGCAUUUCAUUUCCGAUAUUUCUCUUAACCAUCCUAUU